AUGGAGGCACUAAAAGCUCUUCACUGUGAAUUGAUGAUUAUGAAUGCUAAAAACAUCCAAGCUACCAACUCCAGUGGUUACUUCUUUGUUAGAUGCUAUCUUUCUGCUGGAAACAAUAAAAGGGUUCGUUUAGACAGCCGAGAAGUAUCUCCAAACAAAGAAUUUUCUAUGAACGAAUCAUUCUCCUUGGAUUGCAUCGGGACAAAGCAAUCAAUGGACAUGAUCAGUCACGGAACAAUUGUCUUGGAGCUUCGUUGGAGGAGUAAUACAGCAGCCAUGUUUAGAGGGUCUCAACUGGUUGGAAGAACUGAACUGUCCUGGAGAGAUGUUUUUGAGUCGCCAAACAUGCAAAUGGAGAGAUGGGUGAUCCUGAAAUCCAAGAAAAAAGACGUGAAAGCACCUUCUGUUCGUAUAGCUAUGAAGAUUGAAACACCUUUUGGUUGUGGAGUAGAUUUGAUAGAAAGGAAGAGGAAGAACAAAUGGGAUGAAAGAUGUGGGUGCUGCCGUAGUGAUUGCAGUCAGAAUACAUGUCUUGAUGGUGAGCUUUUUGCCAUAGGAGCUGCUUUGGAUGCUUUCUAG